AUGGAAAGCACAAGCCCAAGUACACAGUACGAGUCAGAUAACAUUAGCGAAGAAAUUCCUCUCGUUUUACAAUUCUAAAAAUGCUUAUAAUCACUGACAUAAUUUGAGGAGCAUGCUCAAAAAAUCAAGAACUACAAGGACUAAAAAAAAAUUCCUCCAGGAGUUCAUGUUAAGGUGGGAAUUCUUGGUGCGGGAGUUGCUGGUCUUAACGCAGCCAUGCAAUUCGAUAUUCUCAACAAGAAUGGUUACAACAUUGAAUACGAAAUUCUAGAGGGAGAGAACAGAGCUGGUGGAAGAAUAUUCACUCACAAGUACCCAACAAUAAACGAAGAGAGAUGGCAGUACUCAGACAUGGGAGCUAUGAGGCUACCCAUCUGGCACUCGCCAACUUAUGAUCUCAUCGCCUACACAAAUGAAAGAAUUCAAGAAUACAACGUGCAUGUAGAUAAGAUAAACAAUGACAACAAAGAUACUGUUGGAUUUACUCCUGUUGAGAAAUACCCACUAAUUGAUAUGAGAGAUUAUUUCUUCGAUAGCAGAGACGCUUCUGCUAAAGACUUAAAUGAUCCCGAAGCUGCAAGCUUUAAUCUCUACUACUCAAAGCAUCUUGAAAUUGUAUUGCAAAAAAGAGAAAUAGACGAUCCUGAUCUCGCAUUUAAAAGGGGAGGAGAAUCGCUUAAAUUACAAGCUGAAAUUUUAAAAGAAAUUAGAGACACCUAUGAAAAAGAUAUGAAAGAAAUCAGAGAAGAGUUUGUUAGAGCCAUUAAAAAGACUGUGCAAACUACUGAAGAGGCAAAUGUUCCAAUUGUCUGGAAAAAAAUUAAGGAACUACUCUCUGCUAAACCACUUCUAGAUUUAUUAGAUAAAUAUGACAACCAAACUGUUCUUGACUACCUUGUUGCUUAAUAAAACUUUGGAGGUGAUUAAGCUAAGAUUAAUGAUUACAAGAGAAAACUUUACGCCUGGGAAUCUCUCUUUUCUUUCGUGGGCUUCUUAGAUACAAGCUUGGUGGAAUAAAUUUUUGAAGAUAAAGAUUUUGAUCAAGAAACACCUUACGAGCAUCCAGACUUGUCAAUUUGGGAUAGAGGCCCUGCCUAAUAUGAACCAUUAGAUCCCAAUGAAAGAAAGAAGAUUCCAAAGUGGCAUACCAUUAGCGGUGGUUUGUAAAAAUUAACGGAUGGUAUGUUUAAGGUGAUAGGUACCAACAAAGUCAGGUUUAACCAAAGAGUAACAAGAGUUACAUAUAGGUGCAAGAAAGUUGACUAGACUGGUCAUAGUUGUGAACUAUCUGGUGAAAAUGAGUGUGAUUCAUACCCAGUCAAUGAAAGAAUUGAGGUUUUAACUUCUAACGGAAUCACAAGAUUAUAUGAUAGAGUAAUUGUUACUCUUCCAACUGCUGCAUGUGCCAAUAUUGAUUGGACUGGGUUCAAGAAAUUCAGAAAGUUUUAUGAAGCUUUCAGAAAUCUUAAUGCUGAUCCCCUCUUUAAGCACUCAUUAGAGUUCAAUCACAGAUUCUGGGAAGAUACUAAUCUAUUGAAAGAAAAUUAUGCUUUCGUUGGUGGUUAAAUAGUCAGCAAUCUCUCAAGUAGAAAUCUUGUCUUCCCCUGCUAUGGCUAUAAAGAUACUAAAGGAGAAGAUAGUUCCAACGAGCAAAGACACGGUACCGUACUCUGCUACAACUUUUAUCAAGAUGGUAUUAGAUUCAUUGGUUUGACUGAGGAGGAGAGAACCCAAAGAGUUUUGACUGAUAUUGACACAGUCUUCAAAAAAUUGGUUAAGGAACCUUCCAAAUUCAGAUCAAGAGAUUAUUAUACAGGAAAUUCCUUUUCUCAAUCAUGGGCAAACACCCCAGGAAAUGGUCUAGCCUUCUUCAGACCUGGUUAGUAUGAAACUUUGAAUUGCCUAGAUUAAGGUUACAAAGACUUGCUUUACUUUGCAGGUGAGCACUUGAGCGUUCACCAUGGCUGGAUAGUAGGAGCAUUACAAUCAGCUAACAAGGUUAUCUAGGACUUGACUCUCGAGGGCAAAAAGAUUUGUUUCCUAGCUCCUAAAACUCAAACAGCUAAUGGAAACACAGUUAACAUCACUCCAUUACCCAUUCAAGGUAUCAAGUACGCAAGAUUUUCUGCCAAGCAUGAUGACUGA